AUGUCUCACGACUUCCAGCUUCAGCUAAUCCGCAAGACUUUGGAAGACUUGGGCCAUGCUCCUGUUGCUGACUUGCUAGCCAAACGCAUUCUGGCGGCAAAUGCUUCUUCCAAUUCUCAAGGCUCACCGAAUGACUCGUGGGGCAAGUCUGUUGCUGGCGACUACGCUUACCCGCGUUCACUGAGCAUUCUGUCAACGUUGGACGACCAUAUUGGCGAUGGUGAUUAUGAUCUGGCACUUCGAGUGUUUGAAAGUUGCAAUGAUGAGUUUGAUUUUGCAAACUCUCGUAUCCAAUUGACUGCUACUCAGAAAGCUCUCUCCAUAUACUUGGUACACAGGUUUGCAUUCUUAGAGAAGAUCAUACUCAAGUCUUUUGGCCAGUUGCAAAAUGUUGAUGCCGAAGGCCUUAUAAAGUUCUUGCAAACUGAUCUUACAAAUGCAUAUAACGCUGUUGACUGGCCUACCGUCACUGCCGAAACGUCGUCAAAACUCAUAUCUGCUUUGUCUAGGGAGCUGGAAGCCUCACUUCUUCUCACGUUGGUGAUGCAAACUCCCGACCCUGCUAAUCUAGAGCUGCAGCUCCUUACUCCAAAGGUUUCUUUGACUGAGCUCAAUCCUGCUCAAGACCGUCUUCCGCUUGAAUCAGCAGCUUUUGUUAAUCGCUUGAGAAAUGUGCUUUCUCAUAUACUUCAUACCAUCUUGUCGUCUGGAUCUAAUGAUAAAGCACUCUCUUCGGUCCCGUGGAGCUACCAUGAUAUCCCCUCAAACUGUCUUGAUGGUUUGAUCCGGAGUGCCACAUUAUACAAUUUGCUGAGAUCACUCUAUUACUUGCCUCCUCGCACAGAACAUUACUUCACGGAUAAUUUGCCAAUGUCAAUGGUGUUGCCAUCGCCGCUAAAUGAUGUAAGUAGGGACGAUCUUCCUAUCCAUUUGCUUCACACGUUGACGGAUCACACUGACGAGGUAUGGUUUACGAAAUUUUCUCCGCUGGGCCGCUUUUUAGCCACUGGCUCAUUAGACGGCACUUGCAAUAUCUAUGAUGUGCAAAAUGGCUUUUCUCAGAUAGCUGAAUUGGACGCUACUUCUGAAGACCAAGAGAGUGUAUUUGUGGCCGGGGCCCACAAGCCUGCGCUCGACAAGAAGAAAGGCAUUAUAUACUUUUGCUGGGAACCACAUGAGAGAUACAUUGUUACCUGCUGUCUCGAUACAGUUAUUAGGGUUUGGCAUGUUGAGAACAUCACUCAAAGCAAGCGUAUUACAAGGUCAAUGGAUGACACGAAACUCACAUCACUUCUUUGCUGCUUUACACUUGGAGAGAGCAUGCGUACAUGGCCUUGUGAGUUCUUGCCGUAUAAGAAGAGCGCCACCCCACAUUUCAUAGUUGGAUCGCCCGAUAAAGUUCUCAAGGUGUUCACGAUUGAAGGUACCGAAGUUCUCGACUUUUACAGUGACGCUGACGAAUGGCUGACUAUUCUUGAUGAGGAUGCCCCUCUGCCAUCAACUCAGAAUUUGUCAGGGGUGGCUGGAAGCUACAUUCGUUCCGAUCCUGAUGUUUCCGCAUCCACGGGGGCAGGAAACGAUACCGCUGGAAACUCUGCUAGCGAUGAGAGCAAGAGUAGCGCUGCUUCUCUGCAACAAUUUAAUCGCAUCAACGAUUUUGCCACAACAGCAAACGGCAAGGUUCUCAUUACAGCUAACAAUGAUAAGCAGGUCUUCUUUUACAGGAUACCCGACCUCUUUGAUCCGGCUGCUACUACUUCGAGGAUUGCUCUGUUAAGCCUUAAUGGCAGGUUGACCUCGUGUACUGUCUCUGCUGACUCCAGGUAUAUGCUUCUAAGUAUAGCGCCGGAGGAGUUACAAUUGUGGGAUAUCUCUCCGUUGGAAGAUUUCCAGAAACCUUUCUUGAAGCAAAAGUUCGUGGGCCAGAGCCAGGCUACCUAUAUGGUUAGAUCAUGCUUUGGAUAUCUCAAUGUUGCUGAGAACAAGGAGGAAUUGAUACUUAGUGGUAGCGACGACGGAAACAUCUACAUCUGGAAACUAGAGACUGGCCAGUUGAUCACAAGAAUUCGUGGACAUCAUGGCUUAUGUAACUCGGUUGACUGGAAUAGGUUCUACAAACCGACCGGCCAAGGUAAGGAUUAUGGCAUGUUAUGGAGCUCGGUCGGUGACGAUAAAUUGGUUAAAAUCUGGGGUCCUAAGACUUCAUAA